AUGACUACCAGACUCUUCAAAAACGCCCUCUUCUUCACAGCCCAAGCACAAGAGCUCGAACCCGCCUCAUUGCUCAAGCAAGACUACACAGAUACUCAGGCGAUAGCAAAUCGAUUUGCGCAAUGUAUCGUCGUGCAAAGCGGCAAGCUCGCCUACGUCGGCGAUGUUGCCAGCAUCCCAGCGGAGCUCAAGCAGCAAGCACAGCAAGUUGACUUGGGCGGUGACAAGCUCGUCGUGCCCGGAUUCAUCGACGGCCAUACUCACAUGCUCAACUUCGGCCAAUCUCUUGACAAGGUUGAUGUCGGCAAGUGCAAGAACCUCGAACAGAUCCAGCAAAUGAUCAAACAAGCCGCUGAAGCCAACCCCGACGCACCUCGAAUCUUGGCCUCCGUCUGGAUGCAGAACAGCACCGAUGGCAGAGCACUCGCUUCUUGGCUUGACGAGGUUGUACCCGACCGUCCUGUCUACAUCGAAGCAUUCGAUCUCCAUUCGCACUGGUGCAACACUGCGGCGCUCAACGAGCUCGGCAUCACCGACGACACGCCUGAUCCCGAGGGCGGAGAGAUUGUGCGUGAUCCAGCCACAGGUAAAGCGUCCGGUCUGUUGCUCGAAAUGGCCAACAUUCUUUUCGUUUGGCCCAAGCUAGCAAAUCUAGCGACCAAGGAAGAACAGGAUACGAGCUUCAUGCGAGCUUGCGAAUCAUAUCAUCAAAGCGGUUUCACCGGAGGCAUCGAUAUGGCCAUGGACCCACUAUCGCUCGACUGCGCCCUGCGCGUCAAGGCGAAACUGAAAGGAAAACUACCUAUCCGCAUCGCAGCGCACUGGCUCGUUCGUCCCGAUCAGGAUGUCGACGCUUGCAUCGCCCAGGUCAAAUACGCUCACGAGCUCAGUCAGAAACACGACGACGAAUGGUUCCGCAUCGUCGGCAUCAAGAUCGUAUGCGAUGGAGUCAUCGAUAGCUGCACAGCCGCGCUCAAGGAGCCCUACUACAACAAGACCAACGCCGAGCUCAUGUGGCCUCUCCCCUUACUCUCAUCGGUCGUUCAAUGCGCCGACUCCCUCGACCUACAAGUCGCGAUCCACGCCAUCGGUGAUCUUGCUGUACACACCGCUGUGGAAGCCAUUGCAACGCUAGGAGAGAAGCUGGCGGAGAAAGGUCUCUCGAUCCGCGAUCGUAGGCAUCGUAUCGAGCACCUCGAGCUCACCGAUCCCAAGGACGUCGAAAAGCUCGGCCGGCUCGGCAUCACCGCCAGCAUCCAAGGCGUACACUGCGAUCCGAGCAUCAUGGACAACUGGUGCCGCAUGCUCGGCGAUGAACCGAACCAGGGCCGCUGUAGUCGAGCCUUUGCCUUUCGCGAGUUUUUCGAAAGCGGUGCACCCAUCGCGCUUGGCUCGGACGCCCCCACGGCUCACCACUGGAUCCUCCCCAAUCUGUACACGGCUGUCACUCGGCGGUCUGGGCGCGAGCCAGAGCUGACCAGCAGGACGACGCCGCAGUUCGCUCUGCCCCUCGCAACGGCUGUGGCUGCUGCAACCUAUGGUGCCGCACACAGCUGCAGGGCCGAAAGCUGGGCAGGCACGCUCGAGAGGGGUAAGAGCGCCGACUUUGUCGUACUCGACACGGAUAUUUUCAAAGAGCAUGGCACUGGAGACAAGGAGCAGACCAUCUUGAAGACCAAGAUCUUGCAGACGUGGCUGCAGGGUGAGAAGGUCUUUGACAGCAGCGGCAGCAGCAAAGAUCAAGUUAUCGAAAGCAAGACUAACGGUGGCUGUGCUGUGCUGUGA